AACCAGAACCCAUAAUAAAAACUUUUACUGCAUUGUCGAACCUACUGCAUUGUUCUACUGCAUUGUCGAACCGCGACACACAGGAUGAUUCCGUGUGAUGAACUGUUUAGUUUUUAUAGAAGAGAAAAAUCUUUAUUAUUCACUUAAUCUCCAAUUUUUUCGGCACUUUUAGUUACUUUAAAAAAGAAAAGAAAAUAACGGUUUAGUCUUGCCAAUGGUUUAUUAUUAUUAUUGAAAUCUAAGUUAAAAAAGUAUCUGCAGAUAGUUUGAUACUCUGAGGCUCGCACUGCUGUACUGGAAGGUUACGGCUACUGAGGUAAAAAUCAGAUAUGUCGGUGGUCAUUGAAACAACAAUUGGAGACAUCACUGUUGACCUUUACUUGAAGGAGAGGCCUAAUACUUGCUUGAACUUCUUAAAACUCUGCAAAAUGAAAUAUUAUAAUUUUUGUCUGUUUCAUAAAGUUGAAAGAAACUUUAUCGCUCAAACUGGAGAUCCCACUGCUACUGGGCGUGGAGGAGAAUCUAUUUUUUCUACUCUUUAUGGUGCCCAAGCCAAAUACUUUGAUGCAGAGCUGAAGCCGAGAAUGAAGCAUGAAAAAAUAGGCACACUGUCAAUGGUGAACAACGGAGGAAAUAUGAAUGGAUCACAGUUUUUUUUAACUUUGGGAGAAAAUCUCACGUAUCUUGAUGAAGUCCAUACUGUCUUUGGAGAAGUUGCUGAAGGCUUGGAAGUUCUUUUGAAGAUCAAUGAAACUAUAUGCGAUCAAAACGACCGACCUUAUCAAGACAUUCGUAUAACCCAUACAGUAAUAUUGCACGAUCCUUAUGAAGAUCCUGCUGGCUUAUCUGUACCCGAUGCAUCACCAGAGCCCACAAAAGAAAUGCUCGAAACAGAUUAUAUUGCUCCAGAUGAAGAAUUAGAUGAUACCAAAGGGAAGGACAUUGAAGAAAUUGAAGAAAAGAUCAAAGAUAGUGAAGCUAAAGCCAGAGCAACCAUUUUGGAAAUGGUUGGUGACAUUCCUGAUGCAGAAGUAAAACCCCCUGAAAAUGUUCUAUUUGUCUGUAAGUUGAAUCCUGUUACUACAUCAGAAGACUUGGAGUUGAUUUUUUCUCGAUUUGGCACAAUUGUCAGCUGUGAGGUCAUCAAAGAUAAGAAGUCUGGAGAGUCUUUACAGUAUGCAUUUAUUGAAUUUGAGAAGGAAGAAGAUUGUGAGAAUGCUUAUUUUAAAAUGGACAAUGUACUGAUUGAUGACAGGAGGAUACAUGUCGAUUUCAGCCAGUCUGUUGCAAAGCUGAACUGGAAUCAAAACAAAGUUGGUAAAGGAAAGCCAGGCAGGUUUCAAAACUUUGUUUUAAAAAGUGAUGUUAAAAAGUCUGAUGGUUAUGAGAUGAUUUUUGACACAAAUGAUGAUACUUAUCCUCAGAGUAGCAGAGGCAAGAAUAGACACCAAGAAAGGUCUCGUAAUAUGGAAUCUUAUCGCUCUUCAAAUAAAUCUUAUGAAGAUAAAUAUUCCUCAAAGUCUCAUGGUGUACAGUUAUCUGAAAAAUCGCACAAGAAACACAAAUCUAGAAGAAGCCGUUCUCCCUCUGAAUCUUCUUAUAAUUUCAAGGAGCAUCAUUCAAGGCUUUCCCGUAAAAGUCCCUCCAUUCAAUCUCGUUUUCAUCAUAAUAGUUCAUCUUUUUCUAAAACCUCAGAUUAUCCAUCAAUUAAGAAAACUUCUAGGCAAAAAAGCUAUUCUUCUGAUUCUUCAUCUUCUCCUGCGCGAACGAAUCAGUCAACUAGGUAUAAAGAAAAAUAUUCUAAAGAUCAACAUUAUCAAAAAUCUAAGCAAUCAUAUGAAAAAUCACAAUCAAGUGAUUCUAGAGAUCAACAUCACAAAAAACCUAAAAAUUCUUACGAAAAACCGCAAUCGAAUGACAAAACAAAGACUAAAAGUUAUGACUCUUCAGCCAGAUAUAUUAGUUCGAAUGAUAGCAAACAUGAUUAUCGUUCCAAAAGAUCAAUAUCGCCUUUACCAAAAAAGAGGAAAAACAGGUCUUCAUCAUCAGAUGAGGAAAGUUAUUCAAAGUCCCAUGGUUCAAGCAACUUUAAAUUGAAGCAGUCUUCUAAAUCACACUCAAAAUCAUCUAUUAGUAAAUGUAGACAGAAAACAUCUGAUUCUUCAUCUUCUUCAGAUGAAUAUGUUUCCAAAAAAAAUUCUGAACCUAAAAGGCGAAAUUAUGAAGACCCACCAAAACAUUCAUCACGAAAAAAGUCACCUUCAUUUCAGUAUUCAAAAUCAAAUAGAAAAUCUUCUCCUACCCGACAUAAAGAUAAAACAAGUAAACACAGUAAAAACGAUAAAUAUGACCGUAGCUCAAGUGAUUCAGAAUCUUAUUUGAGUAAAUCGAAAUUAAAUUCAUCAAACUAUAAACUUUCGCAUAAAAGUAAGCAUAGAAGACGUUCUUCAAGUUAGUUCUGUUACCUUCCUAUUUAGGCUUUUUUUUUAAUGUACCUUUUGUGUAAAAUUUUCUGCAACAUUAUCACUGUGCACCAACUUAGGUUAAUGUAAUCUAAAUGUAAAACUCAAUACUGUUAUAUCCAUUUUUUGUUCCAGAAAAUUAUUAUAUUUCGAUGGUUUGUUUGCUGUUAUUUGAAAGAGUUGUGUUUAUAUUUUGUGAAACUGAGGUUUAAAUUAAAAUAAACUUUCUUAAAUUAUGUGUUAUCUUAAA